GGGCAGCUCCACAGCCCUCUCCCGGUCCCCAGGCAAAAAAAUGGGAGAGACGGGGGGGUCAGGUCCCUUCCGGCUCUCAAGGUGGCCGAUCUCACAGACCUGGGGCACACGAGAGCCGAGACGUCCCAAGGUUUUUUGGAACAGAUGCAUCCAGACCAGAGGAAACUUGACGGACGCCAGGCUCUUCAUCACGAGGCCGUGGGAGCCCAGCUCCAGGUUUCGUGGUGCUCGCUAGAACCCCCCAAUUUCACCAACUGAGGCGAACAGGCGCACCAGGACUGUGCAUCUGGCCCCAAACCGCGAGGAAUGGCCAUGGUAGAGAAUGAGCCUCUUAAACUCAGAGCCGUGGGUUCGAGCCCCACACUGGGCACAAGAUCCCUGCACUGCAGGGGGUUGGACUGGAUGACCCUCGGGGGUUCCUUCUGACUCUACAAUUCUGUGAAACUCUCGCCCCAGGGAGCGAGCUAGCCAGCCAGCCUUAGCGGCCUUGUCAUUCCUUGCCUCCUCCGUCAGCCAAGGAGGAAAUGUCUGGAAGUGGGAAGUCUUCCUGAAGGCUCGGGCUUGCUGCUCGGAAGCCGUUGACCAGAGGUCACCAGCAGCUGCACAACAGGAAGCCGCGCGGUGCUGGCUCAGAGGUGCCGGCAGCUACGCAGAAAGCCCGUCGGAGCCCCCUUGGCUUGCCCUCGUGGCUGUGGCAUCGUUCAAGACACCGUCCAUGGAAGCCAGGCAGGAGCUGGGAGGCAGCCGCUGUUCCCUGGCAGGAAGAUGCUGUGACAAGGCGGAUGCCAGCUGGGCAUGGAGCUGAACCGGCUCCUUCUCCUCACUGUAUUCGUGCUCCAUAUGGACCUGUUCGAGAUGAGUCCCACCAGACUGGUUUGUGACAGGCGGCUAAUCCAGAAGUACAUCACCGAAGCCAUGGACUUGGAGGAGAAAGUGAGCCAGUGCGGGGAACUCCCCUUUCUCCAGCAGCCUGUGCAGCUGCCCCUGGUUGGGUUCAGCCUCCGAGAGUGGAUGGCAAAGACAAACCAAGACAAAGGGCAAGAAACCCUCCGUGAUCUGGCUAACUUGGUGGAUGGCACAGCAGCUGCCCAAAACCAGCUGAGCCAGGGCUGCGCCUUGCCACUACUCCAGCAGCUUUAUGAGAAAGCCAGCUCCUUCCUCCUGCAGCUCCGAAACUUUGGGUGGCAGGAACAGAACCCAACUGCACAGCCCGAGAGCAGCUCCCAGUUAAUUCCUGAAAGAAACCUUAGGACAAUCUUUGAGACCUACAAACAGCUUGUGCGGGGAAAGCUGCGCUUCCUCUUCCAUGACUUGUGGAAAGACUCCUGCAGUGCGGAAGAUCAACAGAGGGCUGCCAACCCUGCAGUCCUGCAACCUCCCAGUCGGAACACCUCGAGGGGCAACUGAAAGACCCCCCCAUGGGCCUGAUCCUUCAAGGGAGAGAAGCACAGCACAAGUAGUAGGCCCUCUGGUGGCCAGGUGUGGAAGAGCAAGCCUAGCCAAGCCCUCAAACCACAGGGGUCAGGAAAAAAAACCACACACCCAAGGAAGGAGGAGACCCUCAUCGUGAAGGCUUGCUCUAGCUGCCUGCAGAAAAGUGUUUCCAGAGCUGAGCGAGCCCAGCUAGGUUACUGGAAAGAACCGGCUGCCAGCCACGAUGGCGACAUCCUACUGUUGGAGGCAGCACACCCGUCUUUCAGCUGCAGGGCAUCACCGGGGGAGAGUGUGUGGCUGCACUCAGGUCCUGCUUGCAAGCUUCCCAGAGGCACUGGACUGGACUGGGAAGUGUCCCGAUUUUCCAGGGACAGUCCUGAAAAGACAGAAGCUGUCCCAGUUUCUGAUUUGAUCCCGGAAUGUCCCACUUUCUCUUUGGACACCCCUGGUUUCAUCAGAGAAAUGUUGGAGGAGAUGGAAUAGGAUUCCCUAUUUUCACUGGGAAAAUGUCAGAGGACACCCCUCUUUUCACUGAAGAAAUGUUGGGAGGGAUAGAAUAGGAUGUCCCUGUUUUCAUUGGAGAAAUGUUGGGAGGAUAUGCUGUAAUGAAUGGAUACUGGACUUACAGUCUCAAGGCAGCAGCCAAGCUCCUCACAUGAUCUUAUACUCUUGGAGCCAUUCAUCGCCUUGCUUGGGAAAGGGACUGAGAUUUUAGGAGCUCCGCCCCGCCCCGCCCCGUACUCUGUGCAAAGCCAUUGGGGCAAGUGGGCAUUACUCAACAUCUUGAGAGAAAGGACAGCAGCUCUUUCCUCUCUAAGAGACCAUGAUGGGCGCUUGGACUUCCUCAGUAUCAGGGCUUCCAGCUGCAGGAGGCACAGUGAAUAGAAAACACUUAGAAUUCCUCUCCAGGCCUUCCCCCAUCUGGGGUGGAGUGUGCCAGGGACAUUGGAGGCAGGUCUGACCACAAGCCUCCACAUUAUUCCUAUACGGCUUUGAACACGGUCCACCGGAGAAAUUGAACCAAGAUGGGUGCCCCCACCUCCUGCAAUUCCACACACAGAAGCUGACACAGGUCUCUUACUUUGAUCCUGGAGAUGGGAUCCUAUCCUGUCCUGUGCCGGUUAAUGGCCUAGUUAAAUGGAUGUGAGGCCAGCUGUGAAUAUGUCACUGCUGUUGCUUCCAGUGACCUCAGUCUGCCCAACGGUAGGGCCAGGUCCAGUUAGAAGUAACCCCUGAAUACAACCAGAGUAUUUGGUUAAAGUGGGGGCAGCCUCUGGCACAUUUAAAAGUUGUCACCCAACUUCUGUUCUCCUCCUGACACCAAUAGCCAGGGUGCACGGCGUGGGCAGCUGUGGAACAAGAACAGCUGGCUUCGGUCAGCAGGAGACACCUGAGCAAAAGGGGAACACCUCUUGCAUCUGCCUAUGGUUGUGGGAUCCUCCCUUCCACCUAUGAGUGGCAGCAGGAGACUGAUUAGUUUGAAUACUAAUAAGACCUGGUUUAUACCACCAGUGAAUGCACUAAACAUAACUGAAAGCAGGAGAAACUACUGAAGAAGCCCGUCAUAUGGGCGAAACAGGCGAAAAACGCCGGCAGCCUGUCUACCAUUGACACUUCGUUCGACCUGCUGCCACUUUGCUGACCGCUAGCUAUAUAGCCUCAAAGAUCAUAAAGACUGGUUUGCCUUUCGGUAUUUAUUUGUACAUGCUAUCAGCUUGACGUUAGGUUUUGGCUUCUGUGUCAGCACUUGUAUAUGGUUCUCUUAUUGUUUUCUUUUUGGAUUAAUAAUACUUGAUUGAAACCUGAUUGAAUCUUGUGCCCUUGCGUGCUGCUUGUUUUGUAUUGGACUUUUGAAGAAAUUGGCAGCAUUAGCCCAUUAUCUUUGUUUUUGUUGUACCCACUCAGAAGGAGGCAGGGUAUGGUGCCUUAAGAGACUGGAUCAGAACCGGCCUUUCCUGAGACUCUGUGCUGGAAGAGCACAAAGGCUUUCUACACAAAACCUUAGAACAAUAAAGACACAUGCUUUUUUUUAAAGAAAAAAACCAUAACACCCCAGAAUGUGCUCUGUUGUAUCUUACCAGCCACAUGGGGAUAGGUGAGCAAAAUACAGGGUACGAAGAGGUGACUGUUCCUUGCACGCAGUGGGUGCAUCAUAGAAAAAUCCCAGAAAGCUACAAAACACAUGUUGAUUGAAGUAGUAGUAGUAGUUUGGAUUUGAUAUCCUGCUUUAUCACUAUCCUAAGGAGUCUCAAAGCGGCCAACAAUCUCCUUUUCCCUUCCUCCCCCACAAAAAACACUCUGUGAUGUGAGUGAGGCUGAGAGACUUCAGAGAGAAGUGUGACUAGCUCAAGGUCACCCAGCAGCUGCAUGUGGAGGAGCGGGGAAGCGAACCCGGUUCACCAGAUUAUGAGUCCACCGCUCUUAACCACUACACCACGCUGCCACUCGCAGCCCAUGGUUUGGUUGUUUUGGCACAGUAGGCCGGGCUUCUGCAGAUGUUUUGGACUACAACUCCCAUCCGAUGGGAACUGUAGCCCAAAGCAGCCGGAGAGGCACAAGGCUGCGGAAAGCUCUUCCAAAGUGAGGUUUUUUGAAUGAAUGCUUUUGUUAGGCUCAUUAUCAGGGAGGGCAGCAUCAUGUGUGCAAGCAUAUGGCCUGGGCACAAAACUGGUUAAGAACCACUUAAAAAUUCAGCCGUAAGGAUCCCUUGAAGUGAAAAACAACCCCAGGGUAAAGUGCAAGGAGGGCUCUGCACGUACAAUAAUAAAAAAAAAAGGAUU